CAGAUGAGGCAGUAUGAGUGUUUGGGACUCUCGAGGAUUGAUAAACUUGAGUAAAAUGAGCUCGUCCGCUUGGAGUUUUUAAAUGCUUGAAGUUUGGAGAACAUGGAGGCAGCCAACCUACAAAAGCUCUUCUCCGCCUGUGACGUAAACCAGUCGGGUAAGAUCGAGUUCGAGGACUUCGCGGAGGUUUGCGAGGAGCUCAACGUCCCAGAGGCCGAGGUCCGGACUCUGUUCGGGAAGUUCGAGGCGGACGAGGAGGGAUGCAUCGACUACAGCAGGUUCUCCUGCAGGUUCCGGGAGGUUUUCCAGGCGUCUCCGGCACAUGCUGCCAACACCAGCAUGGACUUCGCCAACCGGUUCGACGCUGAAAGUGUUCUGUCUGAUAAUCUUAGGGAGCAGCUGGCUGAUCUUCACCAGACUAUUCAGGCCUGUGCAAACACUUUGGUGAUGCAGCAGUACGAGCAAGUGGUCCGCUCUCUGGUGAGCCAAAGCCUGGCCAACCGACUGGAAAGUGAACAGCUGGAGUCCGUUUUGAGACGGUCGGAGGAGAUGAACAAUAGCCGGGUCUCGGAAAUGGAAGAUGACAUGCAGCAGCAGCUUGCAAGCAUAGAGGAAAAAGUGAGAGCUGAGGAGCGCAAGAAAAUGGAAGAAGUCCUGUUGACCAUGCAGAGGAAACACGAGAACCAGAUCGCAGACCUGAAGGACACGGUGGACCGACUUUUAAAGGGCCAAGGGGAUACUCGUCGAACUCGUUCUAAGGAGGAGGAGCUCAAAAUGAAGAAACAAAUUGAGGCCAUUGGACAGGAGAACAAGGUGCUGAAAUCGUCUUUGGUAGAGGCACAGACCGACAUUGCUGUCCUCCACUCGGAGCUGGACAAGCUGAAGAACAUGUAUGCCGAUGAACGGGCUCAGCAUGAACGGGAAACAAACGACUUAAAGAAGAUGGUGUUAGAGUACCAGUCAUACGCCACUCAAGUUCAGAUUCUCCAGGAUAUGAACCAGAAGUUGUACGACAGCAAUGACGGGCUGCGCACGGCCUUGGCUUCGGAAACGGUGGCGGCAAAACGACAGAAGUACCUCUGUCCUAAAAAUGAAAACAAUGCUCGGAGGAUGAAGCCUAUCCGGCAAAGCACCCUCAAACAAGACCGGUCAGACACAGAGUCCACCAUAUCCAACGUGUCUGUGUGGAUCGACAAUUACCGGGACAGCGGCCUGUUUCUGCCAAUGGACACCACCGAGAGCUCGGCCAGCGACGUUGAAACCGACGACGGCCGAGGCUCUUCGGAGACAGUCCACUACAGUUACUCCUGCGUGCCUUCCGACAACGAGUUGUUGGAUGCCAAGUCAGAGGCGGCGCUGUCGGUGGCGCCGAGCGGAGUAAGCUCCACGGGGUCGUCAAUGCGGAAACUCUUGCCUGCCUUUGGUACAGAGAUGGAGGGGGCGGAGUUGUCUCUGGCGGCGCCAAUGUAUCACCUCGUUUUAGUGGGAGACUCAGGAGCAGGAAAAUCCAGCUUUUUAUUGCGUCUGGCCCACAACCAGUUCCAACCUGACAUCCAGAGUACAGUGGGUGUUGAUUACAAGGUUAAGAAGAUGCUUGUGGAUGGAGAGAAGACCAAACUGCAGAUAUGGGACACAGCUGGGCAGGAGAAGUUCCGAAGUAUCUCCAUGACGUACUUCCGUAAAGCUCAAGGCGUUCUGCUGCUGUACGACGUGACCUCAGAGAGCAGCUUCCUGAACAUCAGAUACUGGCUGGAUCAGAUUCAGGGACAGGAUGAAGAAAAAGUUCCCGUUUGUAUCAUCGGAAACAAGGUGGACCUGAGAGAAAGUAUGCCACAGAAACGCUUUGUCACCAGCUCACAAGGCGAGAAGCUGGCCACGACGUACGGCGCCUUGUUCUGUGAAGCCAGCGCCAAAGAUGGAACCAACGUGGUGGAGGCGGUCCUCCAUCUGGCAAGGGAGGUGAAGAAGAACGUGAAAGUCGCUCCUCGGCCGUCGUCUCAGGUCGACAUCAACGUGGAAAAAGUCAAGAAAACUUUUGGAAAAUGUUGUCGCCUCUAGAAGGACAUUUUUAAACUGUUUUGAUCACGAUGAAGGAAAAUUAGAACAGAUCGUAUUCAUAUUCUGUGUAUACCAACCCAAUCUGUGACUUUCAUUUUUACUAUUUUUUUUAGCUUUUUUAUGUCGCCUGUUUAUAGUUUUUAUAAUGUUCCUUGUUGUUGUAAUAUACACAUUUACUAAUAAAACUUCAAAAAAGUCA